AUGCCGCCGCAGCCGAACCAGUUCGAAAAUGCCCAGACACCAGCGUCGGAGUCUGCUGACACGCCUCUUGGACGGAAUGAAGUUCCAAAGCUUGGUGGCGUUGCACCAGUUACUCAGGAUAUUGGCACAGAUUUCACUUACAAGCGGGAAAUUGUAUGGGAGAAUGCGAUCGCGUACUUGAUGUUCCACAUCGCCGGCGUGAUUGGAUUCUUCCUGGCCGUCACGCUGAGCGCCAAUCCGCUCACGUCGCUCUUCAGCAUAGCCGUGCUGAUGAUCGGCGGCGUGGGACUCACGAUGGGCGCGCACAGGUACUUCACUCACCGCUCCUUCAAGGCGAACCUCAUCACAAGGCGCAUCCUGCUGGUGCUCUUCGUGAUCAACGGCCAGAACUCACUGUGGGAGUGGGCCAGAGACCAUCGCCAGCACCACAAGUACUCCGACACCGACGCCGAUCCGCACAACGCCAGCCGCGGCUUCUUCUUCUCACACGUCGGCUGGCUGCUGUCCAGGAAGCACCCGAAGGUGCUGCAGUUCGGCCGCGGCAUCGACAUGUCCGACCUGGAGGCGGACUCGUGGGUCAUGUUCCAGAAGCGCUUCUUCCUGCCCAUCUACGGCCUCGUGGCCAUUUUCAUCCCGUGCGUCAUUCCUGUGCUGCUAUGGCACGAGCACCCCAUCAAGUCCCUGCUCGUGUGUUACUUCAUGCGCACCACCCUCGGCCUGAACUUCACGUGGUUCGUGAACAGCCUGGCGCACAUCUACGGCGUGCGUCCGUACGACAAGCACAUCCUGCCCACGCAGAACCAGUUCGUCAGCAUGGUGGGCAUGGGCGAGGGCUGGCACAACUACCAUCACGCCUUCCCCUGGGACUACAGGACGUCCGAGUUCGGGCAGUCGCACAACUUGACGGCCAGCGUGAUCGACUUCUGCGCCUCCAAAGGCUGGGUGUAUGACCUCAAGACGCCUAGCACGGAAUCCGUGAAGAAGCGCGUGCAGCGCACGGGCGACAACUCGCACAAGAAGUUCGGCGACCUGGACAAGUUCGCCGGCGUGAAGUGCUGGGGCAACAUCUGGCGGAAUCCCGGCAAUCCCACGUACACCAGCAAGAGCACUCCAGAUCCCAUCAAGAUCACCCGCGAGGGAUACAUUCUGUACGAGGCAGACAAGAAGUCAGAGUGAGCGUCACUAGCCAAAAUCUCAUGUAGAAAAAUGUAUUCGG